AGUCGUAGAUGGGUUUUACCUCUACACGAAACGUGUGCGCCCAUGAGUGCAGUCCGAGGUUAAGGUGCUUACUUAAUGGUUUCUAAAUUGGGAUUCAGUCGGGUUUUUUGGAUGGUGAAUUUAAUGCACCGGCGUAUCCUGGUGGUUGCCUAGUAACGCGCUAGCAGUGGGCGCCGUAGAGAGAUCUCUAUGGUGGGCGCUCCAUUAAAACCGUUGGCGCUCCUGACCUUGGCGUCGUGAAUGCGCAAAGCACACAGACUGUGCGAAGCAGGAGAUAAGAGUGAAGAUCUGCGCGUUUGAUACCGAAACCGGAGAAAUAUUCCACUCACACUCACACACACGCACGAAACAUAUUGUUUUAUGUAACUGACGGGCAUAGUAUGGAGGAAAUCUCGAGAUGGAGCGCGUCUUAGCUUGUGAAUAAGCAGAUCUGUGUUCCCUGCAAUGAAAGCUGGAAGUGGGGGCGCUCGAUACCUGGUUGAGGUGUAUUCGGAUUUUAUAACUGUCAGAUCUAAAGGCGCAGUGAGUGAUGUCUGGUUGACAGGGUCAGUGCAGAGGGACUGAAUAGACACUAAAGUGUGCAUUUGUGUUGUGCAAGGGCACCAUCUUGCCCAGACCAUGUGGCUGGCUACAUUUAGAGACCAUCUGUUGCCUGCACACCUGCUACAUCGGCAAGGGACUGUAACCAUCACCCAUUGUGCUCUUCUUUGGUGGAUAUUAUGUUCCUGCUGGUCACUGACCAGGGCAACGAGCCAGAAAUUUUACCCAACUGUGACCACCCAGUAUGGGAAACUGCGCGGCCUCAGGGUUCCUGUGCCCAGUGAGGUCCUCAGGCCAGUAGAUCAGUAUCUCGGGGUCCCCUAUGCUGCCCCACCUCUGGGCGAGAAGCGUUUCAUGCCCCCUGAUCAGCCCUCCUCCUGGUCAGGUAUCAAGAACGCUACCCACUUCAUGCCCGUCUGCCCUCAGAACAUCCACAACACUGUGCCAGAGAUUAUGAUGCCAAUAUGGUUCACCUAUAACCUGGACACAGUGGCCACAUACAUUCAGGAUCAGAGCGAGGACUGCCUGUAUCUAAACAUCUACGCUCCAACAGACGAUGGGAGCCAACACAAGAAAAAAGGGGCGGCUGAGAUACAUAUAUCUGAAGAUAUAAGGGACUCCGAAGCACGGCCCGUGAUGGUCUACAUCCAUGGAGGCUCCUACAUGGAGGGCACCGGCAACAUGAUGGACGGCAGCGUUUUGGCCAGUUAUGGAAAUGUUGUCGUCGUCACGCUCAACUACAGAAUUGGAAUACUAGGCUUCCUCAGUACCGGUGACCAGGCAGCAAAAGGAAACUACGGACUCCUGGACCAGAUUCAAGCCCUACGCUGGAUAAGUAAAAAUAUCGGGUACUUUGGAGGAGACCCCAGUCGCAUCACGGUUUUUGGAUCUGGAAUUGGUGCUUCCUGCGUCAGUUUGCUGACUCUAUCCCACCACUCAGAGGGUCUGUUCCACAGAGCCAUCAUCCAGAGUGGUUCAGCGCUGUCCAGCUGGGCUGUCAACUACCAGCCAGUCAAGUACACUCGCAUGCUUGCUGAGAGGGUUGGCUGCAAUGUGUUGGACACAGUAGACAUGGUGUCCUGCCUGCAGAAGAAAAGUGCUAAAGAGCUGGUUGAGCAAGACAUCCAGGCUGCCCGUUACCGCGUGGCUUUUGGCCCUGUCAUCGAUGGUGAUGUCAUCCCAGAUGACCCAGAGAUCCUGAUGGAGCAGGGCGAGUUCCUUAACUAUGAUAUAAUGCUGGGUGUUAAUCAGGGAGAGGGCCUGCGCUUUGUGGAGAAUGUGAUGGACCUGGAAGACGGUGUGUCUGGCAGCGACUUUGACUUUGCUGUGUCCGACUUUGUGGACAGUUUGUAUGGCUACCCAGAAGGGAAGGACACACUGAGGGAGACAAUCAAAUUCAUGUACACAGACUGGGCUGACAAGGACAACCCAGAGACUAGGAGGAAGACCCUGGUGGCCCUCUUCACUGACCACCAGUGGGUGGAGCCGUCGGUGGUAACAGCUGACCUACACGCCCGCUACGGCUCGCCCACCUACUUCUACGCCUUCUACCACCACUGCCAGAGCCUUAUGAAGCCAGUGUGGUCAGACUCAGCGCAUGGAGAUGAGGUGCCUUAUGUAUUUGGCAUCCCCAUGGUGGGCCCAACUGAUCUGUUCCCCUGUAAUUUCUCCAGGAACGAUAUCAUGCUCAGCGCUGUGGUUAUGACUUAUUGGACCAACUUUGCGAAAAGUGGGGAUCCUAACAAGCCAGUGCCACAGGACACCAAGUUCAUCCACACCAAGGCCAACCGCUUUGAGGAGGUAGCCUGGUCCAAGUAUGACCCCUACGACCAGCUGUACUUGCACAUUGGCCUGAAGCCUCGUAUCCGUGACCAUUACCGUGCAACCAAAGUAGCCUUCUGGAAACACCUGGUGCCCCAUCUCUACAACCUCCAUGACAUGUUCCAUUACUCCUCCACCACCACCAAGGUCACACCACUGGAUCCCACCCAGUCCAAUGGCAAGAGGUCUGGGGGUACUGGACGCCCGCCUUUAUCCACUGCCCACAGUAGCGGAGAAGGAGGGAGAGAGAUGGGUCCUCUGAUCAUGCCAAACCCGAGAGAUUACUCCACAGAGCUCAGUGUCACUAUUGCUGUCGGGGCGUCACUGCUGUUCCUCAACGUUCUGGCCUUUGCUGCUCUGUACUACCGCAAGGACAAGCGCAGCCGCCAGGACACUUCACAGCAGCCCAGUCCGCAGCGCGAAAGCAAAGGCAAUAAUGCAAGCCACACCACAACAGUAGACGAGACCUUGUCAUCCCAGCAAAGGAACCAGUGCGAGGCCCUUCACAAUCCUCUCCACGUCUCGCCCAGUUUGGACUAUACGCUCAGUCAGCGCCGCUCCCCUGACGACAUCCCUCUGAUGACCCCCAACAACAUCACCAUGAUCCCCAACUCCCUAAUGGGCCUUUCCAACAUGAGUCCAUACAGCACCUUUCCCGCUGGCUACAGCUCUGCAGGCCUGCCCAGCACCCACUCUACCACAAGGGUAUAACCUGGCAGCCAGAAAGAGAUGAGAAAUGUGACAUAGAUGAAAAAUGGAAAUGUAAAGCUGUAUUUAGGAUGUGUAGGUAAAAUAGGAUUUAAUAUGUAUGUUCUGUCUUUUUCCAAAGGUGUACAACCGCGAACAUCCUGCCUUUGCUUUCUCAUAAUAGGAAGUCUAACUGCAGAGUCAUUUUAUAAUAAUCAUUUUCAAAGGCAGUCGAAAAGAAAAAGUGCAUUUCAUUUUCCACUUUGGCUUUUUUGGAACUUUACCUAGCAAGAACUUAGUAUAAUGUUUGUACAGUUGGAUUUGUAUGGGAAGUUUUUCUUACUCUGUGAUAUCUAUUUUGAUCUCGUGGAACAAAGUGACAUUACAACUCAUGGUGGACAGAGAUGAGAUCUGGGAGAAGCAUAAAAGCAGUAUUAUUAUUACUAUUAUCAAGCUAUUUUAUACAUAUUUCUCAUGGUACAUUGCUUAUUAUGAAAAUGUAUUUUUACUGUAAUUACUUUAAAAUGCCUUGUACAGCACAUCGCUUACAUGAGGAAUUACUGUGGAGUCAUGCCAACAAUGGAUUGAAGUUUUACUGGUCACAUGUGUUAAAACUGUCCAAUUUACCCAAAAUAUUUCUAUCUGGUAGUGCAAAUUAUAGCACUGUGUGUGUGUGUGUGUGUGUGUGUGUGUGUGUGUGUGUGUGUGUGUGUGUGUGUGUGUGUGUGUG